AUGACGCGCUGCCACCUCUCCUCGAAUUUAAAAGCAUUAAGGCGUUCAACAACUGCGUCGAAGAAUUACUCUCUUAACUUUCUUAGAGCCCGCAGCGCCCACAGCAGCGUAAGUGGGGGGCCCCUGGGGGCCCCCCUGGGGGCCCAUCUAGCCCCCACAGGGCAGCAGCAGCAGCAGGCGGAGUUGCUGCAGCACCAGGGCGCUGUUUGCUGCUGCAGCAAUGGAGAAGCACAUAGGAGAGAAAGAGGAGGGGGUAACGCAUGCGGUGUGUCUUCUACUAUGAAGACAGGCAGCAGCAGCAGCAGCAGCAGCAGCAGCAGUUCCGCUUUUGCGUCGGUGCUGCAGAGGCCGUUAGCUGUGGUUUCUCCGGGGCUGUUUCAGCAGCAGCAGCAGCAGCAGCAACGGCUGCUGCAGCAGAGGCUGCUGCUGCAGCUGCAGCAGAGGGGACAGCGAGCCUUCUUCUUUACCAGUGUGGGGCCCGGAGCGCUGCUGCUGCGGUGUAUGGGGAGAGUCUUAUUAACAGAGGGGCCUCAAAAGGCGGUGCCCCGCUCGGGUGUAUGUACACCCCCCAGCUCCUCAGAUGCCUCUGCUGCUGCUGCUGCUGCUUCUCCUGGAGGAGGAGGAGCAGCAGGAGCAGCAGGAGCGGGAGCAGCAGCAGGGGCAGCAGCAGCAGCAGCUACUGCUGCCUCGGGGACAGCCGGUGGAAGAGAAGCUAGCGAUGCAGCAGCAGAGGGGCCUUGGAGCUGCUGCUUUGUCUCUCCUGCUGCAAGAGAGACAUCUGUCUCUGUUUCUGUCUCCUCUUCGAAGCUGUCUCCGCUGCAUGCAAGAGGGGGGGCCCCCCAACUAAAUGCAUCAAAGAGGCUCAGCAGCUUCACCCCACAACAAAUGCCCGUAUCCCUCAGGGGCAGGCAGCUGCAGCAGCAGCAGCAGCAGCAGCAGCAAGGCCCCCCACCUAUGCCUUCGAACCCCCCGCACAACCCGCUGUUGCACCUUGGAGGCGGUGCAGUAAGCCCCAGCAGCACCAUCAGCAGCAGCAGCAGCAGCAGCAACAGCAGCAGGCUGGGCUCUCCCCCUCCCUUGCGCCUCGGCUGCUCUGGGGGCCCUUCUCGCUGCUAUUCAGUUGCUGCCUUGGGGGCCCCCCUUGCAGACAGGCGGCGGCGGCACCUUAUGGGGGCCCCCUCUUCUAUGGGGGCCCCCUCUAUAAGUACCCCCUGUUCGACAUCCCCCUCUAUAGGGGCCCCCUCUAUAAACACCUCAUCUAUUCAAACCCCUUCUAUGGGGCCCUCCUCUAUAAACACCCCCUCUACGGGGGCCCCCUCUAGAGGGGCCCCCUCUAGGGGGGGCCCCUCAAGGGGGGCGGGGUGUAUGGGUUUAUUUGAGUGUUUGAGGGGUUAUAGCAGCGGGUGUGGGGGCAGCGGGGGUCGUCGAUGCCCGUAUGAAGUAUUGGGGUGUACGCGGGGGGCUUCAAUAGGAGAUAUUAAGAAGGCCUUUAGAGAGAAAGCAAAAAAACAUCAUCCGGACUUAAACCCCAGCCCUGAAGCGAAACAAACUAUGGCAGAGAUCACUGCAGCUGAUGCUGCUGCUGCUGCUGCAGCAAGUGCUGCAGCUGCAGCAGGUGCAGUUGUCUCCUUGCGGCUAGCAAAAGGAGACAGCAGGUCUGAGCCCAGGGUGUCUCUUGAUAUAGGGCCCCGCAUUGGCAGCUCCACGGCUGAUGUUGGGGUGUAUAGGGAGCUCCAUCUGGCCGCUAUUCUGUACUGGGCUUACGAGUUUCUAAGCGACCCCAAGAAGAAAGAGUUCUACGAUAAGACGGGGCUUUCGCCCGAAGACGCAGCAGCAGGGGGUGGUGCUGCAGGUGGAGCGGGAGCAGCUUUUGGUGGGGGCCCCUCAGGGGGGCCUUCAAGAGGAGAUGAUAUUCAAACAGAUUUAAAUAUUGAACUCCUAGAGGCUGUCAAAGGCUGCGAAAAGGUUAUGGGGUCUUGUAGAGGGUCUGGCGUUCGCCUGCAGCCGCGCACUGUCAGCAUUGAAAUACCGAGGGGGGUGCGUCACGGUAUGCAGAUGCGCGUGCCGAAUCAGGGGCAUGCGGGUGAGAGAGGAGGCAAGAGGGGUCAUCUGUUUGUCAGCAUAAACAUAAAGCCUCACCCUGUCUUCCGUUGGAUUGACGAUGACAUUCAUGUAGAUGUCCCUCUCUCGAUUAAACAGCUUCCGAGCACCCUCACACCGCAGCAAAUGCGUUUAAUUGAGGAGUUUGAUAAACUGGAGACAGAGCAGCGAGAAGCAGCAGCAGCACGGAGGCGUUCUGCUGCUGCUGCCGCUGCUGCUGCAGCAGAAGCAGAAGCUGCUGCUGCACAGGCAGCCAACCGGCAACGCAAAUCUCAUCAACACCCCACAGAUUCAUCGAACAAAACAACAGAAAAACCAGCAGCAGCAGCAGCAGCAGCAGCAAAGAAGGCACCGCCUCCUCCCCCACCACCGCCACCUCCUCCUCCUCCUCCUUCAGCUGCUGCUCCUGCUGCUGCAGCUGCUGAUGCUGCUGCUGCUGAUGCUGCUGCUACAAAAGUAUCAGAGGAGACCCCACAGAACAACGCAGGAAGCCCCGCGGAGGCACGCGAAGGCCAGGCUUGA